UCAAACAGACCUAGUUAAUUUUGUUAUAUCUGUAUCCACUGAUCUUCGUCCAGAGUUUCCUAACUUUCUUGUAUGAGGUCUCUGGAAUUAGUUCAAACUCGAACCAUCACUGUCGCAUGCGUAGCAAAGAGAAAUCUACCAGAAUAAUACAAAACAUUUAAACAUAACCUUCAAAGUCCCAAUGUUGUUGAUGUAUAUUGUCCUCUAUCGGUUUUUGUAAAUAUACAUUACUGAAAGUUUGUUAGAUCGUUACACGGUUUAUUUCAAAUUAAAAUGGAAGACAUGGAUGCAACGAGUGAUAAAAGUAACGAUAAUAGUUUGCAUGAAGAUGCAGCAAACAAGGAAGAAGAAUCAGAAUUGAUUGAAAAUGAAAAUGCAGAGAGUGCAGAUGAACUGAUUGAUGAUCAGGAUGAAGAAGACGAAGAGGAAGAAGAUGAAGAGGAUGCUGAUGAGGCAGAGGUCAAAAUUUUGGAAGCUAGUCUUGCCCAAAAUCCAUAUGAUUAUGCGAGUCACAUUUCUCUUAUUAAUAAAUUACAAAGAAUGGGUGAACUGGAACGAUUACGUGCUGCCAGAGAAAAUAUGAGUACCAAAUAUCCUUUGAGUCCUGAACUCUGGUUAUCUUGGAUGCGCGAUGAAAUUAAACUCGCUACUACACCAGAACAAAAAGCUGAAGUGGUUAAGUUAUGUGAACGAGCUGUUAAAGAUUACCUUUCUGUAGAAGUAUGGCUUGAGUAUCUACAAUUUAGUAUUGGUAAUAUGGGCACUGAAAAGGAUGCAGCAAGAAAUGUUCGGCAGUUAUUUGAAAGAGCAUUAACAGAUGUGGGAUUACAUACUAUCAAAGGUGCGAUAAUAUGGGAAGCAUUCAGAGAAUUUGAAGCUGUUUUACAUGCAUUGAUUGAACCUUCAAAUCAAGCUGAAAGAAAGGAGCAAUUAGAACGUAUUGGGAACUUGUUCAAAAGACAACUAGCUUGUCCUCUUUUAGAUAUGGAAAAGACAUAUGAAGAGUAUGAAACCUGGCGUCAUGGAGAUGGUGCGGAAGCCAUUGUUGAUGAUAAAAUUGUUGCUGGAGGAUAUGAACGAGCACUUGCAAAACUAAAUGGUCGUUUGCCGUUUGAAGAAAAAAUUGCUUCUUCGCAAGCCGAGAAUGAACUUUUAGAUUCAUACAAAGCAUACUUACUGUAUGAGAAACAAAAUGGAGAUCCAGGACGAGUAACAGUUUUAUAUGAAAGAGCAAUCAGUGAUAUUAGUUUAGAAAUGUCACUUUGGCUUGAUUAUCUUACAUACUUAGAGGAAAAUAUCAAAAUUGAGUCUGUCUUGGAUCAGAUAUAUCGAAGGGCUUCAAGAAAUGUUCCAUGGUGUGCAAAAGUAUGGCAAAAAUGGAUGAGAGCAUAUGAGAAAUGGGGAAAGCCAACGUUGGAGAUUCAAACAUUGUUAGAAAAUGGUUUAGAGGCUGGAUUUUCUAUGGCAGACGAUUAUCGAAAUUUAUGGAUAACGUAUUUAGAAUAUUUGCGCCGCAAAAUUGAUCGCGAUUAUGACGAGGAAGAAAAACAGAUAGAAAUAUUGCGUAAUACUUUUAAUAGAGCUUGUGAACAUUUGGCAAAAUAUUUCGGUUUAGAGGGAGACCCAAAUUGUGUUAUAUUACAGUAUUGGGCAAGAACCGAAGCCAUACAUGCCAAUAACAUGGAAAAAGCUAGAUCACUCUGGGCAGAUAUUUUGUCACAGGGACAUUCCGCAACUGCAUCUUACUGGUUAGAAUAUAUUUCUUUAGAAAGGUGUUAUGGAGAUACAAAGCAUUUAAGAAAGCUAUAUCAGAAAGCUUUUACUUCAGUAAAAGAUUGGCCGGAAAGUAUAGCAAAUUCUUGGUUAGAUUUUGAACGAGAUGAAGGUUCACUAGAACAAAUGGAAUUUUGUGAAUCACGAACAAGGGAAAAAUUAGAUAAAGUAGCAGAAGAGAGACAAAAAGCUCAACAAACUUCUAAUCAUGAAUCAUCUCCGUUACAAAACAAGAAAGCUCAUAAAAGAAAGACAGACGAUACUGGCAAAUGGAAGAAUUUAAGUAGUUCUCCAGCAAAAAUUACAAAAGUCGAAACACACAUGAAGCCAAAAGCGAAAGAAGGCAAAUUGAAUUUGGAGACGAAACUUGAUGGUGAUACUCAGGAGCAAAAACUGAAAGUUGCCCCACCUCCCGGUUUUAAAAUGCCGGAAGAUGAUAAAAUGGAAAUAGACCACGCACAUGAGGUCGACGACAAAAUCACAGUUUUCAUAAGUAAUUUAGACUAUACUGCAACCGAAGAAGAAGUCAGAAAUGCUCUAGAACCGGCUGGUCCGAUUACACUAUUUAAAAUGAUACGGGAUUACAAAGGUCGCAGUAAAGGAUACUGUUACGUGCAGCUAAGCAGUGCGGAAGCAGUAGAAAAAGCUUUGCAGUUAGAUAGAACACCAAUAAGAGGACGACCAAUGUUUGUUUCUCGAUGUGAUCCAAACAGAACACGAGGAUCAGGAUUCAAAUACAGUUGUUCUCUCGAGAAAAACAAACUUUUCGUGAAAGGACUUCCGGUAACCACAACGAAAGAAGAACUGGAAGAAAUUUUUAAAGUUCAUGGAACAUUAAAGGAGGUCCGCAUAGUUACUUACCGUAAUGGACAUUCAAAAGGACUGGCUUAUGUUGAAUAUGACGAUGAAAAUAGUGCCGCAAAGGCUCUUCUAGCAACCGAUGGAAUGAAAGUCAGCGACAAAGUUAUUAGUGUGGCUAUAAGUCAACCGCCUGAACGCAAAAAGAAUCCAGUGACCGAGGAAACAACUUUGGUUAAAUCUUUAGGUGGUACUGCAGUAAGCAGAACUACGUUUGGUAUGCCUAAAACAUUAUUGUCCAUGGUACCACGUACUGUUAAAGCCGCUACUUCUAACGGCAGUGCAAAUGUGACCGGAAACGGUGUUCCUCAAAAGAUGAGUAAUCAAGAUUUUAGGAAUAUGUUACUGAAUAAAAAAUAACUUACUACAAGAGAACUGAAUUUUUUAAAACCUUAUUUAUUUCAAAGCAGAGUUCUCCAAGGUGUAUAGCAUAAAAAUAACAACGUUAAACAAAAAUUUCUUACAUGUACUUGAAGCACAAUCUGUUAGAAAAUUCUCUCCAUCACAUAGUUUCAUUCAGUUGCUUGUAUAUAUAUUUACAAGAUUAUUAUCAUUUAAACUACGAUGGAUAAGCCAGGAACCACGUGUUUAUAAAAAAUAAAUACGUUUAAUGGUAAAACAGUUUAUAUAUACACAGAACGAUACGAUGUGUACGCGUGUGUAGCAAACGUGAACGCUCUUUAUUCUAAAAGUAAACAAAGACUACUUUUGCUGUCAUACAUACAUCACAAUGUUACAAGAUAUUUCUCUCAUGUACACAAAACACACGGUGUAGUAAAAAGUCUGAAUUGAUCUAAAAUAUUUUAAAUAGAAAAUUUCACUUUGAGAAAGUCAUAACAAUAAAUCAGGGUGACC